AUGGCUGACGAUGGCAUGCUGCUCAACUUUGACCUUGGCGACGCCGCCCUCGUCGCAAAACCCACCUUCAAGGGCGGCCGCUGGAAAGACCGCCUGACUGCGAAGAAGGCCGCAUCGCGACGCGACAGGAAGGCGAGGCCCGAUUCCGACGACACACACACCCCCUCCGACCCGAGGCCUGCGAAGCGCCAGCGUGUCGACGACCGUUUCGCCCACCAAUUCGGCCAUGGCCCCCCCGCAAGACCCAGCCAGCCGCCCGCGAAAAACGCCCCGCCCAAGCAAGUCGUGUCCUCGCUCUUCACCUACAACCCCGUCUCCAAGACCCAAACGGGGACGAAGCGCGAGUACGAGAACGAAGAAGCCAUUGCCCCCAGUAACGCUCCGCUGUCGUCCGAGCUCGAGACAUUCCUCAAACUCGGCCUUUCUCCGAACCUCGCCAGCCACAUGUUGAACAAGCUCUCUAUAAAAGCCCCAACCGCCAUUCAAAAGUCGGCCAUACCGCAGUUGGUGAAGGAAGACUCGGAUGCUUUUAUCCAGGCCCAGACCGGUUCCGGAAAAACCCUGGCCUAUGUGCUGCCCAUAGUGCAGCGCCUGGUGAACCUAGGCAAGGACACGGUCCACCGCGACUCCGGCCUCUUCGCCAUCAUCCUUGCCCCGACUCGUGAACUGAGCAAGCAGAUCUCUGUCGUCCUGGAAAACGUCCUGCGCGCCACCAACUGGAUCGUCUCUGGCACUGUCAUUGGUGGUGAGAAAAAGAAGUCUGAGAAGGCGCGCGUGCGGAAAGGCUUGAACAUCCUGGUCGCCACCCCCGGUCGCUUGGUCGAUCAUCUCGAGCACACCGAGGCCUUGGAUGUUGCCAAUGUGCGAUGGCUGGUCCUGGACGAAGGCGACAGGCUGAUGGAGCUUGGCUUCGAAAACGAUAUUCAGAAGAUUGUCGGUUGCUUGAACCUGCGCAUGAAGGCGACCAAGAACAGGAUAGCCGGCUUGCCCCCAAAGAGGAUGACUAUCCUGUGUUCGGCAACCAUGAAGAUGAAUGUCCAGCGCCUGGGUGAGAUCAGCUUGAAGGAUGCGGUCCACAUUCAGAACGAGUCCUCCGAGGAAGAGACCAAGGAGUCGACUUUCUCUGCCCCGGCCCAGCUCCGCCAAUCAUACGCUGUGGUGCCCGCCAAGCUUCGUUUGGUUGCCCUGGUUGCGCUCCUGAAGCGGACAUUUGUGAGAAAGGGCAGUGUUAUGAAGGUCAUUGUUUUUAUUUCAUGCGCCGACUCGGUCGAAUUUCACUUUGAAAUAUUGGCCCGGGAGCCACGGGAGGCACGGGACGAGUCCAAGGAGGACGGUAGCGAAGAGGAAGACAAGGAGGAAAAGAAGGACGAGAGGUCCAGGUUCGGCGAUAGGAGACGCUGGAAGCCCGAGCCAAGGAAAAUCGAACCGGUCACCACCAACCGCACCAUUGCACCCUCACCCACUCUAUCCGGCGAAGACAACCCGGUCACCGUCUACAAACUCCACGGCUCCCUGGCCCAGUCUCUCCGUACAUCCACUCUCCAGUCCUUCACCAAGAGCACCACGCCGGCUGUGUUGGUCUGCACUGAUGUUGCAUCGCGAGGUCUUGAUAUGCCCAACGUGGACUUUGUUAUCGAAUACGACCCGGCCUUCGCCCGCGACGACCAUCUCCACCGCAUUGGCCGUACCGCCCGUGCGGGUAAGGAUGGGCGUGCCAUGCUCUUCCUGCAGCCAGGCGACGAGGAAGGCUAUGUCGACAUCCUCAGGCAGGACCGGCCCAUGACUGACUCGGGUACCACCGGCCUUGUGCGGCACGACGCGAACGAGCUUCUCCGAAAGGCCUUCACGCCGCCGGGAGUCAUCGCCAAGGCGGCUUGGGAGGAUGCAGCGACCAAAUGGCAGCUCGACGCCGAGCGCUGGGCCCUUGCUCAGCCGGGCCGCCUCGAACUGGCCAGACGCGCGUAUCAGAGCCAUGUACGGGCCUAUGCGACGCACGUCCAGGACGAGCGCAUCUACUUCAACAUCAAGGAGCUCCACCUUGGGCACCUCGCCAAGGCGUUCGCCCUUCGCGACCGGCCCGGCGCGAUCAAGGUGCCGGGGCUGCGGCCGGAUGCGGCCAAGGGCAAAGAAGAGAAGGGACGGCGUGUCAGGGAGAAGGCGGGAGGUGGAGCCGGGGGCAAGAGCCGUGCAAUGGAGGAUGCGCGGGGUGGAAACGACGUAGACGAGGCGGGCAAGAAAAUGAGGGCAUUGGCGAGAAAGAUGAUGGGUGGGGCCAGCGAGUUCAAUUUGGGAUGA